UUGGAAGGCGUGACGUGAAUGUUGUGAUUGUGGAAGAAAAGAAUUCGUUUCUAAUUAUUAAUUAAUCCACAAUUUUAUGAUGUGUGUUUAAAAUGUCGUGUUGGAAACUGCCGCCGUAUGUAGUUCUAGAGCUUCCUAGCAUUACAGAAUGUAUUCGUUACCCUAUACAAAAUGUUCAAAGGAUAAAGUACUCUUGUUUUGAUGUAUCCAAAACACUUAUAGCUUUCGGUGCGACCAGCGGUGGUAUUUAUGUUUUCAACAGGAAUCCCUGUGAGUUCAUCCAACUUAUACCUAACAAGGAUGGUACAAUCACACGACUGGCCAUAUCUCCUGAUGAGAAGCACAUUGGAUUUGCCAAUGGAAAGGGCAUUGUGAUUGUCACGGAAUGCAACCAGUCACUGAGUGGGGGUCAUUCUACAACCAUUUCUAAAGAGCAUCAGGGCAAUGAAGUGACGUCAAUGGUUUGGGGGCCUGGCAACAUGUUGUUUGCAGGUGAUGAUAUCGGAAAAAUUUCAGUAUUGCAACUGCAAGGGUUCAUUGCAAAAGCAAUGUUCCAGAGUUUGUCGCAAACAAUAAUGAGCUUGGACUCACGAAUAUGCCAGCUAGAUGUCAAGAACUGUAUGCUUUUAGUUUCAACACUCACCCGUUGUUAUAUCUGUGACACUUUAAACGAACAAUACAGACAGAUCGGACAUAAACUCAGGGACGGAGAGUUCGGGGCUUGCUUUUAUAACAAAGAGAAAUCAGCAGAAAACAAUACUGCACAGACCAUACAAGAUUUUACCGAAGUUAAAAAGUAUAACAUAGUAGAUAAUGAUGCUGGCUUUGCAAUUAGUAAAGAAUUAGUUAAUACGAUUAUAUUUUGUGCUAGACCAUCUUCUAGGCUAUGGGAAGCGAGUAUAGACGGUAAUGUAAUGAGAACUCACCAAUUCAAGCAAGUGUUAGCGAAGCAACCUAUGAAAUUAAUAAAUUUAGAAUCAUAUAAUAAUGAGCAUAUUGAUAUAAAUGACUCCUGUGAUGGAAAUGAUGGUCAGGCAAUCAAUUUUCAGAAAAUAUUCCCUGUGAAUGGCGCCAUAUUCUCAUUCAAAAAAGAUGCUUUAUAUUUUCUAAGUACCGGUGAUGUGGAUGAUACAAUAUGGUUUACAUAUAGUGAUAUAUUGGACUGCAAAGUAUAUAAUGACAUACUAUACAUAUGGUUAACCAAUGGCUCUCUCAUAAAUUUAAAAUAUAUGAAAAUUGAGAAAUUUCUUUUGAAAUGUUAUAUAGAUCAAAAAUAUAAAUUGUGUGCGAAAUUGUGUGCCUUGUUCAGUGAUUAUUUGCUGGCUAAUAAUUUAUCUCCAAAAUUGCAUAUAUUGGUGGGUAUUAGGGAAAAAUUUGAAAAAGAAAGUCUUGAAGAUAUCGAGAAAGUACUAGAAAAAUUUGAAGACUUGAAAUCUAACGAAGCAACACAAAUGAAGUCUGGUAUAUUUGUUGUAGAUAACACAUAUCAGACUCAAUCGUCAUUAUUAGAUGAUGAUAUAGAAACUCCUAGACGCAACGAGGAUAACAAAUUUGGUACAUUGUCACCAGAAGCUUUGCAGGCAUUCAAAGAUCUGAGUGUGACCGUGUCUGAUAAAUUUAGUUCUAGUAAGAAAAUGUUAAAAGAAACUUGGGAGGGAAUGAAACACUUCCACGACACUCAGCCCAUACAAGAGAUAUGUCUCCCAAAGAGAAUAUUACCUGAUGAUAAUUCAAAAGUGGAUACUGUUGUGUUAGUAGACAGCAAUAUAAUACACAAGGAAUCUAGUCAAAAGGCCAUAGAAAUAGAAAAUAAGGAUUUAGAAAGUUACAAAGUAUGUAAAUCUUUGUAUCAGUACUUUAGAUUAAGUAUAGUCUGUAAGGAGCCGGAAAGAUCAAAUUUAGUCUCUAUAGUUGAUAGCUUCGCCUGUGAUAUUAGUGGAAUCUACAAUCUUAUGUUACUUUUAGAACGAUAUUGCGUCUCAGUUGGAGCGUUAGAAGAAUCUAAAUAUGUUCCGAAUAAUAUUUUUUUAAUGUACAUAUGUAGUUCACCGAAGAAAGAUGUUUUGCUAGACGAAAUUAUAAAAGACGAAGUUUUCUACAAAUACUUCGUAGAUUCUUGUAUAUCUGUGAAUAUGAAGACUCAAAAACUGUCGAAUAUAGGGUGUGAAUGUGGUUUUCCUUUGCCAUAUACAAGAACGAGUCGACUGCCUGUGUAUUCUGAAUUGAUAGACGAGUUUAUAGAAAGGCAAUGGUCGAAUCAAUCCAGAGAACAGUGUUAUGAGGUGUGCAAGCGAAUGCCGUACUUAUGGCGGAAGAUAUUAUACUUGCGAAGGAAUGAAGAUCUCUUGAACGUGUUAAGAAUAUUAUUACAAAUGCUCGAUGAGGGAUUGCUGCAUACAUUUCUGCCUCAGUUCACGUUGGAGUCCUGGGAGAGGGCUCUUCAGUUAUACGCGACGUUACACGCGAACAUGUGUUUGAAUUGUAACAAGAAGUUCCACCAUAUUUCUGUGAAGGAUACGCUAAGUUGGGACGAUGUUGGGGCGUUGAUGAUCAAAUCGGUUGGUGGUAGGAAUGCGUUGAAGAUAAUGCAGAAACACGCGAGGUUGAUAGACCUGGGAGAGUUGACGAUGAAGUUCUACCAUACCGGAAUGGUGGUGGCGAUGUAUGAGAGCUGUGACGUCACUAUCACAAGCCAACUCACCGAAACGCUGUACAGUUGCUACGAUAUUCAGGAAGUCAAGUUAGAGAUUUGCCGUCUACUGCGGAACACGACGAAUGGAGUUGUUAAAAAUACUGCUUUACCUAUAAUAGUCGCAGCGAAUUCUCCGCACUGGGGUAUGACCCCUAUCAAGGAAACACCUCCAGUACUUAGUGAAGACAUCGAAAGCCAUAAUGAAUGUGAGAAAAUAAAGAAAUUAUCAUUCGAUGAAAUUUUACAAAGGCUAUCGGAAAUUAAUAAAGAUGUAACAGAUUGUGCGCUAUGUGGAUUGCCGUUGCAGAAUGAAGUUUUAAUCCAAGAUGGCGGAUUAUGGGUAUUUAAAUGUGGCCACUGUUUCCACGGAGCUUGCUUAGAUGUAAAUAAAGUUAAACUAUGCCCGUCUUGCCCUAAAGUGUGAAAUUUUGUUUUCAGAAAUUGUUAUUUAAAAGCUAUAUGCUCUUGUCGGUGGAGUAUUCGCCAUAUAUUUGUAACACCUAUGGCGACAUCUAUCACGUCACGCAAAAAGCCUCAAAAUUCACAAACUUUCUUUGUGCCGUGAAUUUUCUACGUGACUUGUAUAGUGCCGACUAUACAAGUCUUUGCGUGCGCGACGUUAUGUAUGUGGCGUGAUAGAUGUCACCACAAACCCUAUAAUAAUAUAGGGUGAUACAAAAUAUAAUAAUACAUACGACCUGGUAAGAACUGAGGGCGAAGUGCGGAUUUGCAUUUCACUUCUCACUAUCGAAUCGAUUCGGAGUGACACGCAGAAAACCAAUCACAUUGCGGUAUGAUUGUCGUUGCGUCACAAUGGCACACUGUGAUUGGUUAGCUGCGUUUCACUGCGAGUCGACUCGAGGGUGAGAUGUAAAUAGCAAAGUCGCACUACGCACACUGGAUCCUUUAUACGAAGUUUCAUGUUAGUAUUAACACUUGGAAAGUGGUCAUUAGUCGCGAUUAGUUGAAUAAGAAAACGUUACAAGUCGUAAAAAGAGUUUAGUGAAACUUCGUUUGAAGAAUCUACCCAAGGUAUCUUACAACUUCAUAUGUAUAUAGAUAUUUUGUACAUACAAAUUUGAAAGGCUUGCCGCAAACGCCGUACUCUUAUUAGAGGUCUAAUAUAAAUGAUUGAUCUAUCCUAUGCUGUGCUUGUCAACUUUGUUUUGGAAUGAACCUGCGCACACUAUGACUCAAUGUAAUUCCAUUUUUUUGUUUCUUGGGAUAGCCAAAGCAACGACAUGAAAAUUAAAUAUUUUUCUUAUGAAAUGUUGGAACUUAAUCGAAAAUGCAAUAAAAUGUAAGUAUUUUAUGAAAUGCUUUUUAAAAUUUGAUAUUUAGAUAAUCUCAUUAUUAAGUUUGGAUGCGUUCGUACAAUUAAGAAUUAUAUACAAAAUAUAUUGUGUUACCCAACAAAAUGGUACAGCUCAACCGAAAAAUGGUGGUCAAGGUAAUAUUUGGGAAAAAGCCGUGGGUUGCAUCAAUUCAUUAAGUACAAAAAAAAAUUAAAAGAGUUACCUACUUUAGCAAACGGCAAAUAUUUGCCGGCCGGCGAAUAUUCGUUAUUUCUUUGACAUCUUUAUUUCAUCUGUGGAUCGCGAUCGUGAGUAGUGAAGAAAUUAAAGUAUGUACUUUUUUUAUACCUUGGACUUUUCGGACCGUGUUUCGAACGACCCAUGGUCUCCGAGCGACUGACUCAUCGGCUACUGCUCCGACGACUGCACGGCAGAAUAUUCUUCUACCGCCAUGUUAUUUUUUUGCCAAGUACCGUCACAAUUUCUACAUUUAUUUACUGUAGUUUGUUGGCACAAUCAGAUACUAGGAAUUUUUUGGUAUAUGUCGAUUCGCCACGAUCAUGGAUGAAUAUCUAAUGCUAUGGUAUUUAUUUACAUUACAGUCUUGUAUAAAGAAAAUAAAUGAUAAUGUUGUGUCUUAAGUUGGCAACAAAUGGGUGUCUAUACACUAAUCUUGACCAUUAGAUUUGGUAUUGCAAUGGCAAAAAAAACAGUAAAAAUCCGUUUUCUAUUCUUUAUUGACUGAUUUAAUUUUUUUGUGUCAUGUAUAUUUUUUUAGAGAAAAUAAAUUAAUUCAGUUGGAUCCAAAUUUACAAUGAUUACAGAUUCUGAGGCUACUUAAAACAUGUAUAAUAAACUAACCUUAUAAUGAAUGCUUUAACUAUAUAUACUGAAAAAAAAAAUAACAUCCAUAGAUAGAAUGGAUUUUAUUGCAGUUAGUAUCCAGACGAUUUUAUUAUCUAGAAUAGACUGCGUAGUAACUAAUUUGGAAAUUGUUUUACUAUUAGUGAUUUUUUUAAAUCGUGUGAUGUUUUUUUUUCACUGAAACUCUGCAUUAAAUCUUAUACAAUUUUUUUAUGAACUAACAAUAUUUUAAUUGUUUUGUGAAAGAAAUUCAAAUAGGUUACUAAUAGACGGCGGUAAUAGAGCUUCGAAUUUGCAGUGCGUUUUAGUAGUUUUAUGUGCUGCUGUACAUAGUAUUUUUAUCUGUUUUCAAAUAUUGCUCCUGUUGCUGUUUUUGUUACGGUGUGGUUGCGUCGUCACUAUGCCACACUGUGAUUGGUUAGCUGCGUGUCACUGCGAAUCGACUCUAUAGUGAAAUGUGAAUUAUGGCGGAGUGUUUCCAUUUCACUUCUCACUAUCCAGACCAAGCUAACCAAUCACAAUACGUCAUUGUGACGCGAUGACAACAAACCGCGCACUGUGAUUGGUUAGCCGCGACUCACUGCAAAUCGACACGAUAGUAAGAAGAAUUUCGCGCUCUAUUCUAUGCUGCAGCUGCACUUUUACUGUCACUCGAAUACAAGCAUAAAUUGGUUAUAUUUAAUAGAUUAUUUCGAAUAUGGCUAUGUUGCCAUAAAUAUUCUUGUAUAAUAAUGGUAGGCGUAACCAAAACUAUACAUUGUACUUAAUUAUUAUUUAAAUAUUUUUGUAAGUACAAUACAUAUUUAGCCAUAUCAAUUUGCUAUAUUCUGAUACUAACUUAUUGUCUUCGUAAACUGUAUAACUUAUGAAUCUUUUAUUAAAUGAAAUACAAA